GCUCGGGAUCCGCAUCGGGAUCGGGCCGCCAUGGACGACAAGGCGUUCACCAAGGAGCUGGACCAGUGGGUCGAGCAGCUGAACGAGUGUAAGCAGCUGAACGAGAACCAAGUGCGGACGCUGUGCGAGAAGGCAAAGGAAAUUUUAACAAAAGAAUCAAAUGUGCAAGAGGUUCGUUGCCCUGUUACUGUCUGUGGAGAUGUGCAUGGUCAAUUUCAUGAUCUUAUGGAACUCUUUAGAAUUGGUGGAAAAUCACCAGAUACAAACUACUUAUUCAUGGGUGACUAUGUAGACAGAGGAUAUUAUUCAGUGGAGACUGUGACUCUUCUUGUAGCAUUAAAGGUGCGUUAUCCAGAACGCAUUACAAUAUUGAGAGGAAAUCACGAAAGCCGACAAAUUACCCAAGUAUAUGGCUUUUAUGAUGAAUGUCUGCGAAAAUAUGGGAAUGCCAACGUUUGGAAGUAUUUUACAGAUCUCUUUGAUUAUCUUCCACUUACAGCUUUAGUAGAUGGACAGAUAUUCUGCCUCCAUGGUGGCCUCUCUCCAUCCAUAGACACACUGGAUCAUAUAAGAGCCCUGGAUCGUUUACAGGAAGUUCCACAUGAGGGCCCAAUGUGUGAUCUGUUAUGGUCAGAUCCAGAUGAUCGUGGUGGAUGGGGUAUUUCACCACGUGGUGCUGGCUACACAUUUGGACAAGACAUUUCUGAAACGUUUAACCAUGCCAAUGGUCUCACACUGGUUUCUCGUGCCCACCAGCUUGUAAUGGAGGGAUACAAUUGGUGUCAUGAUCGGAAUGUGGUUACCAUUUUCAGUGCACCCAAUUACUGUUAUCGUUGUGGGAACCAGGCUGCUAUCAUGGAAUUAGAUGACACUUUAAAAUAUUCCUUCCUUCAAUUUGACCCAGCGCCUCGUCGUGGCGAGCCUCAUGUUACACGGCGCACCCCAGACUACUUCCUAUAAAUUUCUCCUGGGAAACCUGCCUUUGUAUGUGGAAGUAUACCUGGCUUUUUAAAAUAUAUGUAUUUAAAAACAGAAAGCAACAGUAAUCUAUGUGUUUCUGUAACAAAUUGGGAUCUGUCUUGGCAUUAAACCACAUCAUGGACCAAAUGUGCCAUACUAAUGAUGAGCAUUUAGCACAAUUUGAGACUGAAAUUUAGUACACUAUGUUCUAGAUAGGUCAGUCUGACAGUUUGCCUGCUGUAUUUAUAGUAACCAUUUUCCUCUGGACUGUUCAAGCAAAAAAGGUAACUAACUGCUUCAUCUCCUUUUGCGCUUAUUUGGAAAUUUUAGUUAUAGUGUUUAACUGGCAUGGAUUAAUAGAGUUGGAGUUUUAUUUUUAAGAAAAAUUCACAAGCUAACUUCCACUAAUCCAUUAUCCUUUAUUUUAUUGAAAUGUAUAAUUAACUUAACUGAAGAAAAGGUUCUUCUUGGGAGUAUGUUGUCAUAACAUUUAAAGAGAUUUCCCUUCAUUUAAACUAAAUUACUGUUUUAUGUUGAUCUGCAUAUUUCUGUAUAUUUGUCAUGACAGUGCUUGCAUCCUAUUUGGUGUACUCAGCAAAUAAACUUUUCAUUUUAAACAAAAA